CAAACAACUGUUCCUCAUUGCUUGUAGUUACAAACCAACAAUGACAGCCUUGGCGGAGAGGCUUUCCAACCAGUUUGUUCCGUUCCAUGUCCUGUUUGUCUUUCUCAUGAUCCUUCAAUUGGUCUCUUCUUUUAAUUCUGCUACUUAUGCUGCUUCUGCAACUACUAAAGUUGGAGAAGACGGAACUGAAGCUGCGGCUCUCUUGAGGUGGAAAGCUAGCCUUGACAACCAGAGCCAAUCUCUCUUGUUCUCGUGGGCUGGAAGCAAUCAUUGCAAUUGGGUUGGAAUCGAUUGCAAUAAUGCUGACAGAGUCACCCAUAUAGACCUUGAGAGUAAUGGCUUGAGAGGUACACUUUCCAAUCUUAACUUCUCUUCCUUCCCUCAACUCCUCAGCCUUAAACUUCAUAACAACUCAAUCUACGGGACCAUCCCCUCGAAGAUUGGUAGCCUUGUAACACUAACCUACCUUGACUUGUCCAACAAUUAUCUUUCAGGAACAAUUCCAUCAGAAAUAGGAAUACUCUGUUCUCUCACAAUUUUGUAUUUUUAUGAUAAUCAACUUUCUGGAUCCAUCCCUCAUCAAGUUGGAAUGCUAAGGUCUCUCAUUGAACUUGAUUUGUAUGUAAACAAUCUCACAGGUUCAAUCCCUCCUUCUAUAGGGAACUUAACCAACUUGACCAUUCUAUACCUUUAUGAAAACCAACUUUCUGGAUCCAUCCCCCAGGAAGUUGGAAUGCUAAGGUUUCUCAUUAAACUUGGCUUGUCAACAAACAAUCUCACAGAUUCAAUCCCUGCUUCUAUAGGGAACUUGACCAACUUGACCAAUCUAUACCUUUAUAGAAACCAACUUUCUGGACCCAUCCCUCAAGAAGUUGGAAUGCUAAGGUCUCUCAUUGAACUUGAUUUGUCUGUAAACAAUCUCACAGGUUCAAUCCCUCCUUCUAUAGGGAACUUAACCAACUUGACCAUUCUAUACCUUUAUGAAAACCAACUUUCUGGAUCCAUCCCCCAAGAAGUUGGAAUGCUAAGGUCUCUCAUUAAACUUGGCUUGUCAACAAACAAUCUCACAGGUUCAAUCCCUGCUUCUAUAGGGAACUUGGCCAACUUGACCAUUCUAUACCUUUAUAAAAACCAACUUUCAGGAUCCAUCCCCCAAGAUGUUGGAAUGCUAACGUCUCUCAUUGAACUUAGUUUGUAUGCAAACAAUCUCAUAGGUUCAAUUCCUUUUGAGUUAGGAAAACUAAACUCCCUAACUUAUUUCAAUUUGCGUGAUAACAAACUGACAGGCUCCGUUCCUUCAGAAAUGAACAAUCUUACGCAUUUGCAAAUCUUUGAUGUAAGCAAUAACAAGCUCAUAGGUCAUAUACUACCGCAUAUCUGCAUUGGUGGAUCACUUACCAAACUACUUGCAUCAAACAACUACUUAAUAGGUGAUAUCCCAAAAUUCUUGGGAAAUUGCAGUCAGUUACGUCGAGUUAGGCUUGAUCAAAACCAACUCACUGGAAAUAUAUCUGAAAUUUUCGGGGUACUCCCAAACUUGGUAUAUAUCGAUCUAAGUUAUAAUAACUUUUAUGGUGAACUUUCUAAAAAAUUGGGGCAGUGCCAUAAUUUGACUAGUAUAAAGUUCUCCAACAAUAAAAUCUCUGGAAAUAUACCACUUGAGUUUGGAGGUGCAAGUCAGUUGCAACUACUUGACCUCUCUUCAAAUCAUCUAGAUGGAGAGAUCCCAAAGAGUUUGGGAAAGUUGGCCUUAUUGUUCAGUAUUUCUCUGUGUGAUAACAAACUUUCAGGCAACAUUCCAGUAGAAUUUGGUAGGCUAUCUAAUUUGGAAGAUCUAAACUUGGCGGCAAACAAUCUAAGUGGAUCAGUUCCAGUCCAAAUAGGGGAGCUUGUGAAACUAUGGAACUUGAAUUUGAGCAAAAAUCUACUCAGGGAGGAUAUUCCUUCUAAAAUAGGCACAUUACAGUUUCUUCAGAGUCUUGACCUAGGAAACAAUUUGUUUAAAGGUGAGAUUCCACAACAGAUUGGGGAAUUGCAAAGCUUAGAGACAUUAAAUCUGUCCCACAAUAAGCUGUCUGGUUCCAUUCCAUCCUCUUUUAAUAGGAGAUCAAGUUUGACAUCUGUUGAUAUAUCUUAUAAUCACUUGGAGGGUCCUUUGCCCAACACCAAAGCCUUUCAAGAUGCUCCAUAUGAAGCAUAUAGAGAUAAUCGUGGUUUGUGUGGCAAUAAGACUGGUUUGAUGUCAUGCUCCCCUAAAAACAGCAAUAAGCCUAAAGGGAAAAAGUAUGAAAAAGUUGUGAUUUUGGUCGUAGUACCUUUUUUAGGCAUUUUAUUGCUUAUGGUUGUUGGAAUUUUUCUGGUUCUGUGCAAAAAGGUGGAGAACACAGAAAAUGAGCCUACAGCUAGAGGAGCAGACAAUGAAAAUUUGUUCGCAAUAUGGAGCUACGAUGGAAAAAUGGUGUACAAAAACAUCAUCGAAGCGACAAAGGACUUUAAUUCUAAACAUUGCAUUGGAUUAGGAGGAUAUGGCACUAUUUAUAAAGCAGAGCUGCCAAGUGGUCAAGUUGUUGCUGUGAAGAAACUUCACUCUUCACAAGAUGGUGAGUUGGCUAACCUAAGAAGUUUUACAAGUGAGAUUCGUGCAUUGACAGAGAUACGACAUCGUAAUAUCAUAAAGCUUUAUGGUUUUUGUUCGCAUCCACGACACUCAUUUUUAGUGUACGAGUUUUUGGAAGGGGGGAGCUUGGAAAAGAUAUUGAGCAAUGAUGAAGCGAUAUUGGAUUUUGAGUGGACUAAGAGGGUGAAUGUUGUUAGAGGUAUAGCAGAUGCUUUGUCAUACAUGCACCAUGAUUGUUCGCCUCCAGUCAUUCAUCGCGACAUAUCAAGCAAAAAUGUUCUGCUAAAUUCAGAUUAUGUGGCUCACAUCUCUGAUUUUGGCACUGCUAGACUUUUAAAGCCUCACUCCUCCAAUUGGACUUCAUUUGCAGGAACCAUUGGGUAUGCAGCCCCAGAACUUGCUUACACAAUGGAAGUGAACGAGAAGUUGGAUGUUUAUAGCUUUGGAGUUUUAACGCUAGAAGUGUUCAUGGGGAAGCAUCCAAGCGAUCUCAUCUCUUCUCUUUCCUCAUCUUUGUGGUUGCCAUCGUCGUCAUCGUCGUCAUCAUCACCACCCACUGCUUAUGAUAUAUUGUUGAAAGACAUUUUGGAUACCCGCCUCCCACCUCCUAGGAAUCAUAUGGAAAAAGAAGUGGUCCUUGCUGCAAAGCUAGCACUAGCAUGCUUGCACACCAGUUCACAAUGCCGACCAACUAUGCAACAAGUUUCUGUGGCACUAUCAAAAGAGAGGCCACCUCUGCAGAAUCCAUUCCACUUGAUUUCAUUAGGAAAACUCUUUGAUGUCAACUGUUAAACAUCCUGAUAGCAUUCUCAUCUUCCUUUAUUGUUUUCACAUUUUCAUUCCCCCUCAUCUACUUUGAAGUUUUUUUUUUUUUCACCCUCUCAGUUUAUCUACUUGUUCCAAAAGAGCACAUGUGAAUAAGAUGAAGAGAAAGGGCUGCUUCAUUAUGCAUCAAA